AUGGAACAUCCCCACAAAGACGGGGAGACCACGGCGGCGGCGGCGGCGGCGGCGGCCGCAACGGCUGCAGCCGCGGACCCUCGGGGAGCAUCCUCGUCCAGCGGGGUAGUGGUGCAGGUGCGGGAGAAGAAGGGCCCCCUGCGUGCAGCGAUCCCCUACAUGCCAUUCCCCGUGGCAGUCAUCUGCUUGUUCCUCAACACUUUCGUGCCGGGACUGGGUACCUUUGUCUCUGCUUUCACUGUGCUAUGUGGAGCCCGGACUGACCUCCCCGACAGGCACAUGUGCUGUGUCUUCUGGUUGAAUAUUGCCGCAGCACUCAUUCAGAUCCUGACAGCCAUUGUGAUGGUGGGCUGGAUCAUGAGUAUAUUCUGGGGAAUGGAUAUGGUUAUUCUCGCCAGCUACAAGGAACAGGGCAUCCCACAGCAGCUGUGAGCCUCAGAGCCACCAGCAGGGAGUCCAGAAGAGACUGUGUUAAGCAUCUUUGGGCCAAAGACCUUGGUGUUUUCUCUUCUGGCUUUUCAUGGGUUUGGUGUGGGGUUUAUUUUUUUCUUUUGGUGAGGGUUUGGGGAGGGAUUUUUUUAAAAAAAAAUUUAUUUAUUUUGAAAAACACUAUGUUUUUCUCAGCAGGCACUGGGGGGCAGCCUCUCUUGCUG